AUGGCAGGUCGCAAUAGGCCCCCUCCUAGUGGAGAGAAACAUCAACCUUACACGUACCCAACCUUCAACGAAGCCGAGCCACGCAGCCAGGGCAGCGGUAGCGCCGAUAGUCGACGUCAGUCGCAACAAGUACAUGGCGGGCCCUUUUGCCACCCUCAAUCUAUGCCACAACAGACCUGGCAAAAACUGCACAACGGAGAUUAUGCGACCGAUCGUGAUCCUUUCGGUGUAUCCCCCUCGUAUGCCAUGCACGAGGCCUAUCUCGGAAACAUGCACUCGAAACACCAACAACCAGGCGAGACAGACGGCGUUCAUCAGCAUCUCGGCUACUCACACAACCACCGGUCGUGGGCUGAAGUAACGUCUGCUCAGAACGUUGGGAAUGUAGCCGAUUCUGUAUCGGAUUGGGAGUUGGUGGAUCAUAACCCCCAAUACGAUCUUGCCACCGCCUCGGCAUGGAGCCAUGAUGGUAUGUUCCCAUACAACGGCGGAAGACGAUACGUUGGUACUGUCGACGGAGAACACAAAGGUGCGUUAAAUGGGGCAAGUCCUUACGGAACGACUCAAGGCUCCGAGCGAGUGGGGUACACACAUCCGAGUUUGGAUCACUAUGAACCGUAUACCAAUCAGUCGCGGUCGACUCUUGACUUGGAACCGCCAUGUGCCGAACAAAAGCCCUCGAUUCUGGGUCCAGAACGCCUUGAUGUGUUCGAUGCAUUGCCCAUAACCGCGGCAGAGCUUUCUUGGUCUGGCUUGAAUAUGCGUGGCGACUAUAUUGCGACAACGACGGAGCCUUGCAUUGGCAUGACGGGGAACCAACUUGAGGAGAUAGAGGGAUACCGGUCAACGAAGCAAGCUAGCGCUGGCUCCUCGACGUCUUUCCAUUCUUUUGACAUGAGCGUGGACACUUCCUUGACGUCAUUCACUCAAGAAGUGAACGACAUACGGGAAACAAACGGAAUGACGGACAGCAUGCUGACUAUCCGCCCGAGUGACCCGCCCCAGGGAGAACACACGCAGAACUCCAACUAUGUCUUCGAACGGAGACAGCCCCUAGGGUUGGGGAAUCAGGGGCCAUUCAGAUUGACCGUGGAAUGUGAGACUCCGUCGCCGGAUAAGGAUAAUCAAUCCCACAUACUCGUUGGUUCAGCAUCCUCAUUAUGCAGUGAUUGGCAACACCUUUCCGUCGAAUCGACACAUCCUUCGAGCUCCGACACCACAUCAACCGCGAGCGCAUCUUCCCUCUCCACCUCGAAUGUACUAUAUUGCGAUGAACCUGGGUGCGAUAAAGAGUUUCAUGGAGAACACCGUAAAGGAAACAGAGGCCGACAUAGGCGGCAGAAACACCAGAAAACUGGGGCCAAGACAUAUUCUUGCGAAGUGAAAUCUUGUGCGCAGGUGUUUCAACGAUCAGACGCCCUUCUGAACCAUUGCAGGAAAGACCAUCCUGAGAUUAAAAAACGUCCAGCUCAGCGUCGAACUCCACGCAAGUCCGAAGGAGCCGAGCCCCCGCAGGUUCCUUUGGUCACGCCACAGAACCACAGUCAACAAGACCAGGCUCUCAUGGGCAUGUCCAGUUGGAUGUAG